UACUUCUAAAUCUAUUAAAGAGCCACCACCUCCUCUGAACUUGACUUGCUCCAGAUUUAUCUUCUUUCACUAGCUACUAUAGUUCAGUACAGUAGUGUUUGUUCUUCUGUUUAUAAGAAGAAAAAUGAAUCAGAGAAGGGAACCUUGUGCUGCAUGCAAGUAUCAAAAGAGGAAGUGUCCUGAGGGUUGUCCAUUAGCACCCCAUUUUCCUGCCAGCAGAUAUCUGGACUUCAUGCAUUCCCAUAAGCACUUUAAUGUUAGUGGUGUCACUAAGAUCCUGAGCCAAGUAAAGCCUGACCAGAGAGAAGCAGCCAUUCAGUCUAUGGUGAUGGAGUGCAUGGCAAGGAAGGAUGAUCCUGUGAAAGGUAUUGUAGGUAUCAUUGAAAACCUUCAAUCUCAAAUACAAUCUUGUAAGCGCGAGGUUGCCAUCGCUAAGCAACAGCUAAUGUUCUGCCAACUACGAGACGAACUUAUUCGUCGCAGGCAAAGGGAACGACUAGAACAGUUACAGAGGCAACAGCGAUUCCUAUCCUUCACAACUUCACCAUCCACUUCACCAUUUUUGAAGCUAUUCCAUGACAGAUGCCGUUAUCAGAUGCCUACUUUACCUAAUUCAGCUAAUAUUGGGUUUCUCCGAGGAUUCACUUCUUCCUCAACUCCAGAAGAAGUUGAAGAUGUCAAGCCCUUGAUUGUCCAAAACAGUACUUCUAGGGUGAAUCAAGGAUGCACUAAUCACUCAACUCCACCAGGAAUUGAAGACAUAAAGCUCUUGAUUAACCAAACCAGUACUACUAUGGUGAUGGAAACGUCUCACCAUACCAAAACUCAUAACUUCAAAGAUGCUAGAAAAUCCAGGAAUGGAGUAGCUACUACUAUGAAAGAGUUGAAUCAAGCAUGCACCUAUCCCUCAAUUCCACCAGGAUAUGAAGAUAUCAAGCCAUUUCAGGCUAAUAACAAAACUCAUGUUAACAUCAAAGAGGCUGGAGAAUCCAGGUGUUUGGAUCUGUCCACAAAGCAUAUGUAUAUAGCACGCCAUUUUCGGUUUGAUGAGUCGAAGUUUCCUUUUGCCAAUUCUAUACUAGGUAAGCCACCCUCCCCUUUUCCUCAUCCUCUGUUAGUCCAUGGGGUAGUAACCCUACCUGCAUCUCUCCCCCCACACCACCUCCGCCACCACUCUUGCCAUUACCGACCACUCCCUCCAUCACCACUACCAUCUCUGGCCCCUCUCCCUACCAUGCCCAUCUUGCCUUCUCCUCUCUCUACCCCUACACUCAACCACCUCAGCCUCUCCUCCCACCGCCACCAUGCCCACUACCCCUCUUCGUGUUCACCCAUUAAUCAACUUCUACGACACCUCUCCCAUGGCACCCACCUCUACCCAACACCUCUCUGAGCCACAUGUCAACUGGACGUCUAUAAUGCCUUUAUGUAUGGGGUUUUAGUUGAGGAGGUAUUUUGGGCUCAACCACCAAGUUUUGAGGAUCCAUCCAAGCCUCAACAUGUUUGUAAGUUGCUCAAGGCCUUAUAUGGUCUCAAGCAAGCCCCUCGAGCUUGGUUCCACAGGCUAUCUAGUUUCCUUCUUCAACAGAGGUUCUUGGCAUCUUGCAUUGAUCCCUCAUACAAAUCUGGCUCUCUAUUAGUUUGUGUCUUAAUCUAUGUUGAGAUAUUAUUGUCACCAGUAAACUACUUCUCAGGUUACUGGUUUAUUGGCAAAGCUAGCCGCUAAAUUCUCUAUUAAGUACUUGGGGCCACUCAACUUCUUCUUAGGGUCGAGAACAUUCCACAAUCUCCUGGAAUGCUAAUGUCUUAGUCCCUUUAUAUCAAGGAUCCUCUUCAUCUUGUUGGUAUGAGUCAUUGUAAGCCUGUCAUGACUUAUAUGCUACCUCUCCACUACUAUCUGAUUCAGGGGGUGCUCUCAUGGCCGACCCACAUGGUAUUGUUUUAUCGUUGAUGCCCUUUAAUACGUCACUCUCACCCAUCCUGAUGUAGCAUUUGUUGUUAACAGAGUUUGCCAGUAUAUAUAUUCCUUGCCGAAUCUGAUUGGACGGUUGUGAAACGAAUAUUGCGUUAUUUAAAGCAUAUGCUCACUCAUGGA